UAACCAAUCGGAAUGAAGUACGAAAUUUACGCACAGGAAUAUUACUGACGUGUCCCCAAAAGCCCACGACUUUCGCGAUUCAUGAUCGUUCUCGAAACGAAGCAGGAGUAAAUUAAACGCACGACGUGACUAAAUACAAAUUUUCUUAUCGGUUAUUGAGUGUUGAUUAAAUUGUUUGUUACAUCAUCAGCAUCAGUGGACUCUUUGUGGCUAAACUAUGGCUGUAGGAAUCACUAGUUUCGUCAAUUCCUUCACCAACAGACUGGACGCACCACUGCGGCAACAUCUCAAGAAUGUUUACGGCUGCUUGGCAAUGUCAACGUUGGCAGCAGGGACUGGUGCCUAUGUGCAUCUCUUCACGGAUCUCCUCGAGGCGAGUCUCUUGAGUACCCUUGGUGCCCUCGGACUGCUCAUCGCCCUCGGGGUGACGCCUGACAAUGGAAAGAAUCAAAAACUUCGACUUGGGUACCUCCUGGGAUUUGCGUUCCUAUCGGGACUCGGGUUGGGUCCUCUUCUGGAAAUUGUCAUCAGUAUUGACCCGAGCAUCAUUAUCACCUCACUCAUUGGAGCAGCCGUAGUUUUCGUCUCCUUCAGCAUUUCCUCGCUGUACGCCCCUCGGGGCCAAUGGCUGUACCUAGGAGGGACUCUCAUCAGUUUAUCCAACAUCGCCAUCCUCCUGCUGCUUAGCAACAUUUUUUUGCGCUCAAUCUUCGUCUACCAGGCUCAAUUAUAUCUGGGUCUUGGACUUAUGUGUGGCUUCAUCAUCUUCGAUACACAAAUGAUCGUCGAAAAAUUCCACAUGGGGAGCAAGGACUUCAUUGGCCACUCCCUGGAGCUUUUCAUUGACCUCUUCAGGGUAUUCCGUUACCUGCUCGAGAUUCUGGCCAUCAAGGAGCAGUCGAAGCGCAAAGGCAACAAGCAAUAAUAAAAGAGUGGUAAAAUGGAGAGGUGUCACCGACAUUCGAGUAAAUCCAUUAUAGAGGUCUUCAUCCUUUCUAUUAUACAUAUAUCUACGUUAAUUCAUAUUUAAAAUAAUAAACCGCGAAAAAUCAAGGGAAACCUAGAAUUAUAACGAUAAACAAAUUUGUUUAUACUUAGUUAACGAGUGACUAAUGAGUACGUUUUCGAUAAUUAUUUGCGAGCCAGUGGGAGAGAUUGACGACCAUUACUCUACUCUUUAUUUUAUAAAGAUAGAAAUUCCGUAAAUUAUCCCGUGUCAAUUGUUCCGUUUCUUCUCUUUGAAUUUACACAUACUGUAAUUAUUAAAUUAUCAGGUUUAUUAUAAUACAAUAUUUUUCAACCUAUCAAUCAUUCUAAUAAAUUUAUCAUAAAUAAUUUA